AUGCCAUUCUACUGGGUGAAGCAUUUGAAGAUAAAGGGCUGGCUUGGAGGGUGGGACCCAGACACAAAAGGUCGCUCCGAGCAAGGACAUGCUCCCAUCAGCAGACUCAGAGAAGAUCAGCCAGCCCGUGAGGGACCAGCCGAUGUGUGCAGCAAUCCCGUUAGCAAUGUCUUGGGAAAGCAUACAGAAGACGGGGAAAGUCCAGCGAAGAAACGAAUCUGUCUGCGACCUGAACGACCAAACACAACCCAUGCCAACGAGAUUGAGAUUAUACCGACAGAGAACACACCAGCUUCCGGACCUAGCCAAAAGCCAUGCAUGCCUACAAGCUCUGGACAAAAGAUCGAUAUUACCAAAGUUACUGCUCCCACAAUAUCAAGUUUCAAGUUCUGUAAACUAAUAUGGAACGCUCAAACUGAAGCGUCGAGCGGUUUAUCUUUGAUGUUCCAGUAUUGUGGUCAGUCCACUUGCGGUAAGACGGGUGAUUGUGUUGUGGAGUACCUUUGGUCGGGAUAUUCGGCUAUCGACUUUAUAAAAUCCACGAAACAUGAACUAGAGGAAGACGAAGUGACUUGGUAUUACAAAAUCCUUCCAGAUUGGAUAGAUCGACUGCCAUUCGAGGACCUCACAGACAGCAUCAAGCGCAGCAAAACCUGGGAGCAACGGCAGGAUGACAAGUGGCCAGGAUGUCUUAAUUUUCAACUGGAAAAGUCGCAUGUAUAUCAGCUGAGUGGAAGCUCACCCUCCCCUCUUUCUGCCCGCAUAAAAUGCACAAUUUCCUCGGCAGACGCUCCGGAAAAAAGAUUAUUUCCGCAAUAUUAGUAACAGCCGUUAAGCAAUAGAGUCUAAUACAAUAAUGGGUGCACUGU